CACCUUCAACUCGUAAAAUAGUGUACGACUUUUUGCGCUUAUAUACAUUGAAACUAGCUAGGAAAGUUAUACUAAAUAGUAGUAGUACUUAAUUUCUUGACAUAUAUUUUUGCAUCUAUUUGUGGUUGGCAUACGUCAUGAAGGAAUUUACAAAGGAAAGCAAGCAGGGGAUAUUAGUAACCGGGUAUCAGAAUUUGAAAUCGAGUGUGUGGCGGUGGCAGCUGCUCGACAACAAGCCUAACAAAAUGAGAGUAGUAAAGCCAGUUGCUGGAAAAGUCAUUCUCAUGCUUUGCAUUGCAAGCUUUCUCGCUGGAUCCCUUUUUACCACCCGCACUUCUUCAAUCCACUCUUCAGAGAAUAAGGAUUUGGAGAACUUGAACACAGUUGCUCGUGAUUGUGAUCAUAAACGUAAAUUGUUUGAAGGGACAGGAGACAUUAUGGGCGAAGUAACCAAGACGCAUCAAGCUAUCCAAUCGCUUGAUAAAACAAUAUCGACGUUGGAGAUGGAACUGGCGGUAGCUCGGACAAAAAAAUCAGGCAGCAGCAAUCUUCUUUCAUUGCCCAAGUCAUCUAAUCAUACCCUACAGAAAGCUUUCGUGGUAAUUGGAAUUAAUACUGCUUUCAGCAGCAAGAAACGGCGCGACUCCCUUCGUGAAACAUGGAUGCCAAGAGGAGACAAGCUAAAGAGAUUGGAGAAAGAGAAAGGGAUAAUAAUGAGGUUUGUGAUAGGACACAGUGCGACACCGGGAGGAGUCCUUGAUCGAGCGGUAGAUGAGGAGGCUGCUGAGAACAAGGACUUCCUUCGCCUGAAACACGUUGAGGGAUACCACCAGCUCUCGACCAAGACUCGCAUUUACUUCUCCACAGUUGUCUCAAUCUGGGAUGCUGAAUUUUAUGUCAAGGUCGACGAUGAUGUCCACCUUAAUUUGGGCAUGCUAGUGAGCACAUUGGCACGGUAUCGGUCGAAACCAAGGAUUUACAUUGGCUGCAUGAAGUCUGGGCCAGUUCUCUCUCAGAAAGGGGUAAGAUAUCACGAGCCAGAGUUUUGGAAGUUUGGGGAAGAGGGGAAUAAGUACUUCAGACAUGCCACCGGUCAACUCUAUGCCAUCUCGAAGGACCUCGCAUCUUACAUCUCUCUCAACUCACCAAUAUUGCACAGGUAUGCCAACGAGGACGUCUCUCUGGGGUCAUGGUUCAUUGGCAUGGAAGUUGAACAUGUUGACGCUCGUUCUAUGUGCUGUGGAACUCCUCCAGAUUGUGAAUUGAAGACACAGGCGGGGAACGUAUGUGUGGCAUCAUUUGAUUGGACAUGCAGUGGAAUAUGCAAAUCUGUGGAGAGGAUGAAAAAUAUACACAAUACUUGUGGAGAAGGAGAUGGAGCUGUUUGGAAUGUUGAUCUCUGAAUGUUUCACCUCCCAAAAUGCUCAAGCUACUGCUCUAGUGCUUAAACAAAAAAGAAGGAAAAGUAGUGUUUUGUACCCCUUUCCCUAUGUUUUUCCCCCCCGAGGCUUUUCUCUAUUUUAAUUUAACAUAUUUAGAAGUUAGAACCAUAAUUAUGCCUAAUAAACUUCCGAGAUUUAUGAUCA